UGCACAGUCUAUGUGAGUCAGCCUUAGUGAACAACAAUGACUUUUAAAGAAAAGUAAGGCUAACUCGGUGAAAGGGGAUGUGAUCCUUGCCAGGGCCACCGCAUACCAGUGAAGAACCUCAGAGCAGAUUGCAGGCUUGGUCUCCACGAUCAGCUGUCCAUGUGUGAGGUCCGGAGUUUGAGUGGUGCUACUUGGUCCUACACUGUACCUGGCACCUGCUUUAUGGGGAUGCUGGAGUGCUGAUCCUUGGAAGGUAGUGGAUCUGUAUCAAUAUCUGACAACAAAGACUCAGAUAUGGGGGAUGAUGAAAGAGAUCGCCUGGACCCUGACUCGGAGAGGUGCUGCUUACUAAGAAAGAUCGCUGACUUCAAGCUGUACAAGAGGAGAUGGCUCAUCCUUGGAGCGGUGUGUCUCCUAAACUGCUCCAACGCAAUGUUAUGGAUCAGCUUUGCACCGGUGGCCGACUUGACAGCAAGCUUUUUCAAUUGCACGCUUGAUGAUGUCAACUUUCUUUCUCUUGUAUAUGUAAUUAUAUCUAUACCAUUUGGAUUUGGAGCGUCAUGGUUUUUGGACACGCUUGGUUUAAGAUCGGCUGUUAUUUUGAGUUCCUGGCUCAACAUGUUGGGAAGUUUAAUACGUUCUGCCAGUAUCAUAUCGUUUCUCAAUAAAGGAUCAAGCAGUUUAUAUUACUUAUUUGUGGGCCAGUGUCUGUGUGCCACGGCACAACCACUUGUCCUUUUUGUUCCUGCCAAGCUUGCUGCUGUAUGGUUCCCAGAGCAUCAAAGAGCAACAGCCAACAUGAUAGCUUCAAUGUCAAAUCCCAUUGGCAUACUUCUUGCCAAUAUAUUAUCUCCGACUAUUGUACAAGAUAAGGAAUACAUUCCUCUUAUGAUGGGAAUAUUUGGCAUCCCUGCUGUAAUAGCCUGCAUCCUAGCAACAGCAGGGAUCUGGGAAAAAGCUCCGCCGACUCCACCAUCAGCAAGUGCAGUAAAUGCUGCUUCAGAGCCCUUUAUUUCUGGCCUAAAAAAGCUCAUGAAAAAUAAGGCAUACGUCAUCCUAAUGCUGUGCUUUGGGGCAGGACUUGGCCUCUUCACAGCAUUUUCUACAUUUCUGGAGCAAAUUUUGUGUUUCAAAGGAUACCCGAAUUUUUUUUCAGGCGUGUGUGGAGCCCUCCUUAUUUUCUUCGGGGUUGUUGGUGCUUUGGUAUGUGGGCUGUAUGUCGACAGGACAAAAAAAUUCACAGAAGUUGUCAAGAUAUGUUUUUCCCUGACUGCGCUAGCAAAUAUUGCAUUUGCAGUGGCGUCUAACUUCAGGAACCAGAAUAUCUUGCUGGCCAUUAUAUGUUCGUUGUUUGGAUUUUUUGGAUUUGCCAUUUACCCCAUUGCCAUGGAGCUAGCUGUAGAGUGUUCUUACCCUGUUGGAGAAGGAACUUCCACUGGCUUGGCUUUCGUAUCAGGCCAGAUCCAAGGAUUAAUCUACAUGCUGCUUUUUCAAAGUCUCACUAAACCGGUUACUGCUUCUUCUUCAUCUUCAUGCGGCACAAAUCAGAUUGAAAUAUAUGACUGGUCAGUUUCAACUUUGAUUAUGGCCGGUUUGAGCAGCCUGGGUUCUUGCGCCUUUGUCAUCUUCUUUAAUACGGACUACAAACGUUUAUUGGCAGAAGCCAACACCACCAGGUCUGAUGAAAACAGUGAAACCCCAGAAUAAUAACAUCCACGACAACAGACUUGUGACACUGCAUACCCUCUUUGUUUCUGUUUACCAGGCACCAACAUGCACAAAGCGUUGCAGCUGCCUUUCAUCAUUUUAUAAAUGAGACAAGCCAUAUGGCAUUUUUUUCAAUUUGGGAAAUAGAAGCGCUGCGGAAUAUGAUGUCAAUAUAUAAAUCAAUAA